AUGGACCACCAACUCGAAAAGACGGCGGGCGAGACCACCUCCGUGGAGAAUGCCAAACCAGUCGAGCCUGUUGUUCUUGGCCUCUCACCAGAGGAAGACAGACGUAUCCUGCGCAAGCUGGAUCUAUGCUUGCUUCCUGUCAUGGCCAUGAGCUACUUUUUCCAGUAUCUCGAUAAAUCGGCCCUCGGCUCCACCGCCAUCAUGGGCCUUCGCGAGGACCUGCAUCUCUCUGGUUCCGAGUACUCGUGGUCCAGCGGCAUAUACUACUUUGGCUACCUCCUCGCCUCGUACCCCGCGGGCAUCCUCAUGAUCCGCUGGCGCGUCGGCAAGGCCAUUACCGUGUCCAUGCUCUUGUGGGGAGCCAUUCUCAUGUUCACGGCCGUAUGCCACAACGCGGCCGGCCUCCUCGCCACGCGCUUCUUCCUCGGCGUUGCCGAGUCGGCCAUUGCCCCGGGCUUGACGAUUCUCAUCUCCAUGUUUUACAAAAAGUCGGAGCAGCCUCUGCGCCACGCCGCCUGGUUCCUGGGCAAUACCUGCGCUGGACUCAUCGGCGGCCUGCUGAACUACGGCAUCGGCCACAUCGAUAGCAUUGCGCCGUGGAAGGCGUCCUUCCUUAUUCUUGGUGGCUUGACUGUUGCUUGGUCGUGUGUGAACGCUUUCCUUCUUCCAGACGAGCCAUCCAACAUAUUCUUCUUUAGCAAAGCCGACCGCGAAAAAGUUGUUCUUCGAGUUCAAGAAAACUUGACUGGUAUCAAAAACAAUGAGCUGAAAUGGAACCACGUACGAGAGGCGCUUCUUGACGUCAAAACAUGGUUCUUUGUCCUGAUACAAUUCACGUCGUGUAUUCCCAACGGCGGCGUCACAACGUUCCGCUCCAUAAUUCUUCGGGGUAUUGGAUUCAGCACAUUUGAUACUCUCCUUCUUCAAUGUGUCCCAUAUCUGGUACAGUUUGUUCUCGUCGUCUUGUGCACAGGAGGCAGCACGUACCUGAAAAAUACCCGUACAUACUGGAUGAUGCUCACGUUUGCCAUUGCUCUCCUCGGCGCCGCCCUGGUGCGACAGUUGCCCGCUCAUGACAAAUGGGGCAAGUACGCAGGCACCUGUUUGAUGGGUGCCAGCUCAGCCUCCUUUCCACUACUCAUGUCCAUAGUGUCUGGAAAUGUCGGCGGCUUUACCAAGAAGACGACUGUCAAUGCCAUGAGCUUCAUUGCGUAUUGCGCCGGCAACAUUGUCGGGCCCCAGCUCUUCUUUGAACGGGAAGCGCCAUCGUACGGUUCAGGCUUCGCCGCUCUUAUUGUAUGCCAGACGGCCUGUUUCUUUCUUUGUUUGGGAUUGCGCUUCUACCUGACGUGGUUGAAUCGCAGCCGUGAUCGACAGGACGCUGCCACCGUGGCGACUGAGGAGAACCACAUGCAAAGGCACGCUGCCAUGGCUAUGAUGGACAAGACGGACAAGGAAAUUGCGGGACUCCGAUAUGUAUACUAG